AUGGACUUUCUAGCUGAUGAGGCUGAAGAGAGCUCGGAUGUUCUGGUGCCGAGUUCACAACUUGAGCGUAGUCCGCGUUCUCGCAAACGCCGUCGACUCGAUCCUGAUCUGAGUAACCCAUGCACACAAGAGAACGACUAUGAUUUGCCAGCACAUCCAGACGGCGAGGGCAAGGAGAACAAGAAGUCGAAGUACGAUGACCGCAUCUACGUACCUGCUGGGGAAAGCCAUCCCGACACCUUCGUCACUCAAUUAACGCAGCAAUACUCUAGUCCCUCACGGAUCCGAGGCCCUCGAUGGAUGAAACCACGGAAACCCCCUUCACCGUCACCUUCUCCUCGGAAGAGCUUGCCCCCCACCUACGCGUCAACCGCUUUACCAUCACCUUCUGCUCCCAAGAGCUUGCCGCUCACCCAUGUGUCUACUCGCCCCACGCCCCAAGCUCUCCCAGUCGACGACGAGUUUGAUGUCGAUGACACUGAUGAGCUAGAACUUUUAGCAGCUCUUGAUGAUGUCGAAGCAGGACUCGAAGUUUUAGCGGCCAACAACAUCGGUCUACCUGCUAACGGAGAUACUAUCAGAGACUUUCAUCAUAACAGAUCCACCCAUGCUUCGGCUCCCCGACAACCGUUGCAGAAAUCUUCUUCCUUCCGACAAACGACCUUGCAUGGAAUUCAUACCACUCAAGCGGAGCCACCUCGCACGCAAAGUCAGUCGAGAGCCCACAACUGGCCUUUGGCGAACCGGAAUGAACCUCCAACCCACCAUGAGAUUGACCGAGAUGCAAUGAGUACCUGGGUGUACCCUACCAACCUUGGCAGAACCCGGGACUACCAAUACAACAUUGUCCACAAGGGAUUAUUCCAUAAUGUCUUGGUCGCUUUGCCUACCGGCCUGGGGAAGACCUUCAUAGCGGCAACGGUCAUGUUGAACUGGUACCGGUGGACGAAGAAUGCACAGAUAAUCUUCGUUGCGCCGACGAAACCGCUGGUAUCACAACAGAUUGAUGCGUGCUUCAACAUUGCUGGCAUUCCUCGGUCCCAGACUACCAUGCUAACGGGCGAGGUUGCGCCAGCAAUUCGAGCAGAAGAAUGGCAACAGAAACGAGUCUUCUUCAUGACACCUCAGACCCUCAUAAACGACCUCAAACAUGGCUAUUGCGAUCCGAAAAAGGUUGUUCUUGUUGUGGUUGAUGAAGCGCACAAGGCAACCGGCAGUUAUGCAUAUGUCGAAGUCGUCAAGUUCUUGAGAAGAUACAAUUCCAGUUUUCGGGUUCUGGCUCUUACGGCAACGCCCGGUAAAGAUGUCGAGACAGUGCAGGAAGUGAUUGAUGGUCUGGGGAUCGCUAGAGUCGAGAUCAGGACCGAGGACUCGCUUGACAUUCGAGAUUUUGUACACAACCGAAACAUCCAAACCGAGGUAUUUGAGAAUUCCGAGGAGAUGACAAUGGUGCUGGAGCUGCUGUCGGCCACACUUCAACCGCUCUUGAACAAGCUGCACUCUCAAGGAGCUGCGUGGGGUAAGGAUCCUACAAGAAUCACGCUGUUCGGCCUAAAGAUGUCUUGGGACAAGUGGCAGUCAUCCGAAGCAGGCCGCAGGGCCCCUCAGGCAGUCAAAGGCAUGAUCAAGGCAAUCUCCACGGUAUUGAUGAGCCUGGCUCAUAACAUCGAACUGUUGAAGUAUCAUGGUAUUGGGCCGUUCUACCACAAAAUGAAAAUGUUUGUCCAAGAAGCCGGUAGCGGCAAGACAGCCAAACAAGUUACAGACAACGAGCACUUCAAGAAGAUGAUGAAUCGACUGGCGUUAUGGAUAAACGACCCAGACUUCGAAGGGCAUCCGAAGCUGAGCUACCUGAAGAGGGUUGUGCUCAACCACUUCAUGAACGCUGGCGAGGGGACUGCACGGACUGCUUCCGAGCCUACCAACACGAGAAUCAUGGUGUUUGCGCAUUACCGUGACAGUGCCGAGGAGAUUGUGAGAGUCCUCAACCGCCACGGUCCAAUGAUCCGAGCCCAUGUAUUCGUCGGUCAAUCCGGUACGAAGGGCGGUUCGGAAGGUAUGAACCAAAAGACACAGCUCGAGAUCAUUCAAAAGUUCAAGGCAGGAGAGUACAACACUAUUGUGGCGACAUCGAUCGGAGAAGAAGGUCUCGACAUCGGCGAGGUCGACCUUAUCGUUUGUUAUGAUUGCUCCAAAUCGCCAAUCCGAAUGCUUCAGCGCAUGGGCCGGACGGGCCGCAAAAGGGCCGGAAAUAUCGUGCUGCUCAUGAUGCGUGGCAAGGAAGAGCAGGACUUUGCCCAAUCUGAAGAUAACUAUCAGAAGAUGCAGGCCAAGAUUGCAAGUGGCAGGGAGUUCAACUUCCACGAGGAGUUGUCUCCGCGUAUUGUGCCCAAAGAGAUUGUGCCAGAGGUCGAUAAGAGGGUGAUUGAGAUACCGGUGGAGAAUACCCAGCCUGGCUCUGUCGAGCCGACACGGAAGAGAGGGAGAAGUGCCAAAAAGCCGCCAAAGAAGUUCCACAUGCCGGAUGGUGUUGAGACGGGCUUUGCGUUUCUGGGCAACGGUAACAAGAAAUCGAAAGUGAAGCAAAGGGGGACGGUCACGCCCAAACCUGAGAGAGAUGAUGAACCGGCUCCGUUAGCUUCGCUCAAAGAACUAGUAUUGUCGGAGAAGGAAGAGCGCCAGCUUGAGGACCGCUACGUCCAACUAGCUGGGUCAGACGACGAGUACAUCCAAUUCGUUCGUUUUGACGCUUUCCCAGAGCACCAACGCCGCCUGGGAAGAACAAGCUUUGUCAGGCACUCGAAGAAGACCAAGACUUUGGUCAGAGCCUACAAAGCAAUGAACAUUCCCAACAGAGACUGGGAUCGCCCCACGAAGUGUGAAGAGAUCAAGGACGAUGAUCUCUGUCUGGACUCCGGAGCGGAGAAGUCAAUGUCAGCCACCAAGCCCUCUGCGAAAAAGACGAAAGCGAAGUUCCGUCUCUCGCCCACCACGAUGCCUGUUUUUGAAGGGACUUGGGCUGAAUCAGACACUGAAGCGUAUCUGUCAAGGUCAAAAGCGAAGUUCAAAUCCAUCAGCCUCACAGGCCGAUCUGGCGGCACUUUGCGAAGUAGUUCCGUGGGGCAAUAUGAUGACAAUGACAGUUUCAUCAAUGACGACGAAGAAGAAGAUGCUGGGUGCGCCUCGAGUGCUGUGCCGUGGAGGGGUUCGGAACCUCAGGGGUCCGAAAGAGGGCUCCAAGAUGAUCUUUCCUCUCUUGCUUCCCUGCGUUCGACGUUGUCGCCGACUUCGGCCCCAGGAAGAGAGGCUGGCGUCACUAAACGGUUCUUCGUAUCCCAAGAGAGUAUCGACUACGAUGCCAUGGAUGAUGAAUUGCCCGAUCUCGAGGAGUUGGUUUCAGACAAGAAGAGAAGGGGUGUCCGGGCCGAUGAAGGUCACGACGACCCUUUGCUAGCUUACCGAAGUAUAUCGACAGCAAGGAGCGAGACGGGGGAUACCGAGAAGCCAAAGCUCAGAAGCAGGAAGAGGGCAAGGCGGAUAGUUGAUAGCGAUGAUGACGAAUGA